CACCCGUCCAUGGGUAUCAUAAACAGGCAUCUCUUUCAGCUACGCCCAUGGCAUUUAGCACAUCACGUGAUUUUGGGAAAAUGAAAGUAGAACAGUUCUGUUUGUUCAGUUGUGGAUCGAAAAAAGAUUAAGUGUUCGUAGCAGACAAAGGUCAUGCCUAAGAAAAAGAAAUCACAAGAGCUACAGCGAAGGAUGAAUCCGCCCUUACAGAGCAGUGUCGAUACGGAGGACAUAGAGCCCGAGAUGGACGAGGAAACACUGCAGAAAAUGAAGGAGAAAAUGUUGAGGGAACACCCCGAAUUCAAGAAAGUGUUUCAGCACUUGGAAAAGUCUGGCAAAGAUAGAACUGAACAGGCGCAAAAUUCUUCUGUCGUGUUUACAAAUAAGAGAGGAACUGUUACUGAAGAGCUUCUGAUGCAAUAUCCGAAUUCGCCCACAGCUAAACAAACCAUGAUUGCACUGAACCACUAUCAGUUCGCCUUUUGCGUUUUAUGGAGUUACACUAAGCCAAGAGUCCUAGUACAAUCCGACUGCGAUUCCAUCCAGCCAGGACUUCAUCACUACAUGGAGGGGUAUAUGAUUGCCAUGUAUAUGAGUCAGCAGUUUCCCCUGCCCCCGACAAUAGAAACCUUGGUGGAGGACUACCUACGCUUAAGGCCGAAUGACUCACUUGUCGAAUAUUUUCACGUGACAAUCGUUGUCGACAUGCAAACGAAAAAGAAAUCAGAUUAUGAAAGUUGUAAAGAUAUUAUUCGAGCACACGAAAUAUUUGUGCAUAAAAUAUUUCCUUUCAAAAAUGUGGACACUGAAAAACGCAUUCUGAUAGAUUCAUAUUACUUGUUAGGAGCUAAAUACACGUCAACAGAUCAAGAUGUGCGUGCUUUAGACGCAUUUGAGAAAUGCUAUGCUUUAGAUGAGACAAAUAUUGGUGCUUUGUACAGCGUUGCUUUUCAUUACAUGACAAAAGACCCCGAAAAGGCAUUGAAACUGUGUAACAAAUACUUAGACAUGGCUCCGAAAUGUGACGAAAAGUAUCCCAACGUACACUACGUGAUGGGAUUUAUCUAUGCAACACAUAUGAAAAAUAUUGAGCUUGCGAAAAAGUAUUACUAUCUAGGACAGAAGGCGGAAACUUUAAGGCUUCCUUUUAACCCACCUACAGAUUUCAGUAUCAAAUACUUCCUUGAAUCAUUAAUUCCGCUUGCAGGAACCAAACGGAGGCAGCUUGAGAACGCUUUGGAACACAUUGACCUUGAUUAAGCUAUUUCUGAAUACAAACAGUUCAUUGUCACCUAAAACAGAUUCAUCUUACAGCCUGACGUUGUAACAAAUUCUCAUGGGUAAAUGUCGGUUUAGUUUAAAGGAAAACAUUUGAAUUUAACAAAUCGUAAAAAUCAGCAUUUUGUAAAAUUGAAA